AUGUACGGAUUGUUGUUGGAAAAUUUGGCGGAAUACAUCAAAGCCGUUUUCGGCGAAGACAAAUGGGAGGAAAUUCGCAAAGAAGCCGGAAUUUCAAGUCCUUCAUUUGGCACGCACACCGAUUUCGACGAGUCUUUGUUGAUAUUUUUGGCAGAAACGGCACAAGAAAUUCUUCAAAUCGACGAAAAGGAGUUUAUGGAUCAGAUGGGCGUUUAUUUUGUCGAAUUUGUGGGGCAAUAUGGCUAUGACAGGGUCUUGUCGGUGUUGGGAAGGCAUGUACGUGACUUUCUCAAUGGACUGGAUAACUUACAUGAGUAUUUGAAGUUUUCAUAUCCUUUGAUGAGAGCUCCGAGCUUUAUUUGUGAGAAUGAGACGAGACAUGGCCUUACACUGCAUUAUCGUACAAAGCGACGUGGUUUUGUUUAUUACACAAUGGGACAGAUAAGAGAGGUCGCUCGUCACUUUUAUCAGAAAGACAUGGAAAUAGAAUUAAUCAAGUCUGAUUUACUGGGCGAAACGUGUCAUUACACAUUUCAACUAUCCUUCGACAAUCGGGCAUUUUCAUUAGCUACGCUCGCCAUGACGCGCGAGGAAAAGCAUUUGCCGAUAUCAGCAUCUGUUUUAUUUGAAAUUUUCCCGUUUUGCGUUGUUUUUGGCUCUGAUAUGGUAGUUCGUAGUAUAGGCAAUUCCCUCAUGGUGAUUCUCCCGGAUCUGCUGGGCAAGAAAAUUAUCGCUUGGUUUAGUCUCAAAAGACCUUUGAUUGAGUUUAAAUUCACAACGAUUUUAAAUCGAACAAACAACAUUUUCGAGCUUGUCACGAACAAACCAGUGAAGGAGGCACCCCAAUUAGAUCGCAAAUCGCAGUUAAUGCUGAGUCAGCAGGAGCGUGAUGCGGAAGGCGAACGUCGAUUACGCCUCAAGGGACAAAUGAUCUACAUGGAAGAGUGGCAAAUGAUUAUGUUUCUCGGCACGCCCGUCAUGCCCAAGUUAACGUCGUUAAUAAGCACCGGAUUGUACAUCAACGAUUUGUCCAUGCAUGACUUUAGCAGAGAUUUAAUGUUAGCCGGCACGCAACAAUCUGUCGAACUGAAACUCGCAUUGGACCAAGAGCAGCAAAAAUCGAAAAAACUCGAGGAAUCGAUGCGAAAACUUGAUGAGGAAAUGCGACGUACUGAUGAGUUGUUGUAUCAAAUGAUCCCAAAACAGGUUGCUGAUAGAUUGCGACGCGGCGAAAAUCCAAUAGAUACGUGCGAGAUGUUUGAUAGUGUCUCAAUUUUGUUUUCAGAUGUCGUCACUUUUACAGAAAUAUGCUCACGCAUCACCCCGAUGGAGGUUGUAUCUAUGUUAAAUGCAAUGUACUCAAUUUUUGAUACGCUUACCGAGAAAAAUGGUGUUUAUAAGGUAGAGACAAUUGGGGAUGCCUAUAUGGUUGUGUCAGGUGCUCCGGAGAAGGAUCAGAAUCAUGCCGAGAAGACGUGUGACAUGGGAUUGGAUAUGAUUGAUGCGAUAACAGAUCUAAAGGAUCCCUCGACCGGACAACAUUUGAGGAUUCGUGUCGGAAUUCAUUCGGGAGCAGUUGUUGCGGGAGUCGUUGGGCUGAAAAUGCCGCGUUAUUGCUUAUUUGGCGACUCCGUGAACACUGCAUCUCGCAUGGAGUCAAGUAGUCAACCGAUGAAAGUUCAUAUCUCUCACACGACGAAAAAGGCAUUGCCCAAACGGUAUAUCGUACAAGAACGUGGUGAUAUUGAUGUCAAAGGAAAAGGAGCGAUGAAGACAUAUUGGUUAGAAUCGUGUGAAGGAAGAAAACCUCUUGAUCAUCCCGUGACAUCCCAAAUCAAGAUGAUUGACAUGUCGCAACGGAAACCGGUGCCCGUUUUGCAACAACCUCCGAUUCCGGGUGAAUCGCUUCCGUCGUCGCGUCGCGAAAGUCUUGUGCCUUCGAGACCCGAAACCGCCAAGAAAGACACGAAAUACUCGCCUGUUACCUUUGAGGAAGUCGCAAAACGGAGUCUCGUCAAUUCGCCACGAAGCGCCAGCGGAUCUGCACGUGGAAGGCAAACUCGGUCAAAUUCCAUCGCAGCACACGGUACAAUGUCCCCGAGCGAUGUUUUUGGGUCGUUGGUAUCCGAUACGGAGGAAUUUUUGGAAGAUCUCAAUCAUCGUCACUCAAUUUCGAGCAACAUGUCGUCGCCACGUUCCUCGCACUUUUGCAGUCCCUCCGGGAAUUUCAGGCUGCCAAGUGCGCCCUUGAAUAAAGGCAAUCAUGUCGAUCACAGCAAAGCACUCGUAAACAACAAAUCCAAUUCGAUAGAGAAGUCCACGGGAAAAGUUAAUGAGAAACGAUCCAAAUUCAAGUCGAAACACAAUCGCUUUCAGGCACUCGAGCAACUUGACAAGAUGGUCGAGAACAUGAACGAAAACAACCAAGAUUUACCUGGCAUGUGUUACACAGCGAUGCCAAACUCCGUUUCUGAUGGCAAUAUGUACAAAGGUCUUCUUACCAGAAGUCCCACUCAUCAUCAUUGCCAUUGUCACAAUUAUGCGCCCAACAUACCGAAUAGCGUGAGUUUUACCAACGCAAAGGAUCAACAUCAGUGUUGUACGGGCUAUCAUGACAGACAUCGCAUGCAUACACACGCUUGUACAAUUUUAUAA